CAAUGCCAUCAAUGCAUUGACUGUAUAAUGAAUGAGUGUAUUAUAGACCCCAUGGGUUGCAAUACAUGCCAUAUAAUCACAUAAAAGCAAUGUUUUGUUGUGUUUAAUGGUUUUAAUUAAAUUUAAUUUAUUUAAACAUAUUAUUAGUUACAAGACUUUAGCCAAGACUUCAUUCAAAGACAUUCAUUUAAAUCACAAUUCAUUUACUUAUUACAAGACACACAAAAGACCAAGACUGACGACAAUGAGUGGAGACAAUACUUCGGUUGACACCAUCAGUGAGUCACUAAAAGAUGUCAACCUUAAAGAGCUGUCGCCUCAGCCCGACUUCAUCGAUAAACGCAUCCAAUUGUGGGAUAAAUACAAACAGAGGUAUCUGAAAGAGUUGUCGGAAAAAACCAAUGAGAAGAUCAAAGUAACUGUUAAAGACAAGAAUGGAGACAUCAAAGAGGUUGAGAUUUUGAAUAUAAAGGAGAAGAGUGGAGAAGUGAGACAAGAAAAUGUGUUGAGUUGGAAGACUUCGCCCAUAGAUGUGGCUAAACAGGUCGGACCAAAGUCAUGGACAGAUAGUCUUGUUAUCGCUAAAGUUAAUGGUGUUCUUUGGGAUUUGGAGAGACCUCUUGAAUCCAACUCUAAUAUUGAGUUAUUAACUUUCAAUGACGAUGAAGGUCGUCAAGUGUUUUGGCACUCUUCAGCACAUAUGUUAGGAGAAGCUGUUGAACGACUUUAUGGAUGUCAUCUUUGUUAUGGACCUCCUAUAGAAAAUGGCUAUUAUUACGAUGCCUUUAUGUGUGGCACCGGAGCCGCCGAGUCUGAGGCUAAUGAUUUGAAUGCCAUUUCUAUGUCUCAUUUCAAUACUAUUGAAAGUGUAAUGAAAACUAUAACUAAUGAGAGUCAACCUUUUGAAAGACUUGAAUUAACCAAAGAUGAAUUGAUUGAAAUGUUUUCAUAUAAUAAAUUCAAAGUUCGCAUUUUGAAAGAUAAGAUUAAAGAGGAGAGAACUACUGUCUACCGGUGCGGUACUCUCAUUGAUCUUUGUCGUGGACCACAUGUUAGACAUACUGGAAAUGUUAAAGCCUUUAAAGUGACUAAAUCUUCGUCAGCUUAUUGGGAGGGAAAGGCUGAAGCAGAGUCACUACAGAGAGUGUAUGGCAUCUCAUUUCCUGACCAAAAACAGUUGAAAGAAUGGCAGAAAUUUCAAGAAGAGGCUGCUAAACGUGAUCACCGAAAAUUAGGUCGUGAACAGGGAUUAUAUUUUUUCCACGAAUUGAGUCCCGGUUCAUGUUUUUUCACUCCAAAAGGAGCUCAUAUUUAUAACACUUUAUUGGAUUUAAUUCGAAGCGAAUAUCGAAAGAGAGGCUUUCAAGAAGUAAUUUCUCCAAAUGUCUAUAACUUUAAGUUAUGGCAUAUCUCUGGACACGGAGACCAUUAUGCAGACAAUAUGUUUCUCUUUGAUGUUGACAAAGAAAAAUUUGGUUUAAAGCCGAUGAACUGUCCGGGACAUUGUCUUAUAUUUGACUCGGAAGUUAGGUCGUGGAGAGAACUGCCUCUGCGUUUGGCCGACUUUGGGGUUUUGCAUCGAAAUGAAUUAUCGGGAGCAUUGAGUGGACUGACUCGAGUGCGCCGUUUCCAACAGGACGACGCACACAUCUUUUGUACCGUUGAUCAAAUAUCUCAAGAAAUCAAAGGUGCCCUCGACUUCUUGAAGUACAUCUAUUCGAUCUUUGGUUUUACCUUUGAUUUAUGUUUGUCAACUCGUCCCGAAUCGUUUUUGGGUGAAAUAGAAGUCUGGAAUUCGGCUGAAGAUGCAUUGGCCAAAGCUCUCGAUGAGGCCGAACUUAAAUGGAAACUAAAUCCCGGCGACGGAGCCUUUUAUGGACCAAAAAUUGAUAUCACUAUCAAUGAUGCCCUAAGAAGACCAUUCCAAUGCGCAACUAUUCAAUUGGAUUUCCAGUUACCAUUGCGUUUCAAUUUGAAUUACAAUGCAGAAGAUGGCAUCAAAAAGAAACCCGUGAUUAUUCACAGAGCUAUUCUCGGAUCAAUUGAACGAUUCAUUGCGAUAAUCACUGAGAAUUUUGCAGGAAAAUGGCCAUUUUGGAUAUCUCCCCGUCAGGCGAUUGUAUUACCAAUCGGCUCGUCUCACAAUGAAUACGCUGAAACAGUACGAAAGCAAUUAUUUAGUGCCGGCUUUCAAGUGGACAGUGAGUUAGAUCCCGGACAGACCAUCAAUAAAAAAGUUAGAAAUGCACAGUUGGCUCAAUACAACUUUAUUUUGGUUGUCGGCGAUAAAGAAAUGGGUAAUAAUAGUGUUAAUGUCAGAACCAGAGAUAACAAACAACACGGAGAGUGUUCAUUGGAUCAGCUGAUUGUCAAAUUCAAUAAAUUUAAAGAAUCGAAAAUCUUGAACUCAGAAGAAGUAUUUAAUCAAUAGACAGUUUGAGUUAUUUUAAUAAAAUUUUUAAUUUAUA